AAAACUCCAAGAGCCAGCUCCUCCCCGUCCCAGCCUCAUCCUCACGCCGAGUCAGCCCUCCGAUUUCCCUCACUCACUGACUGGCCGCCGGACCUUGUUUGCGCACCGUCCCCCUCCAACUCGCUGCAGGCGGCGCCUUCACGCUGUCCGACGACUUCUGCAACCUCCCGGCCCCCCCCCCCAGUCGCAACCACGAGCUGUGCGCCGGCAGCGAUCCCCACAAUCCGGCAACCGGAAUUGACGACAGCGAAAACGCCGCCGAGCCGCGCCCCUCGCUACUUCGUACAUCUGGGGCACAACGCGCGCACGCGCGCAUAUACUACACGCACGCAUUGGCCCCGAAGACCCAGAUCUUCGCCAUGCGCCAUUAUCCGUAGUCACGGAUCGAAAAGCGCCCAUCCAGGAACGAACACGGGAGCGAAGCAGGGCUUGGCGCGACGUCGCCGCCAGAGUGGACGGACGAGGAAAACGCCGCAGGCCCGGCAAAACGCUCAACUACCCGCACGACACCGAGCGCCGCCUCAGUUUUCCCUCGUUUGCAAAACGCCUCCGAAAUACAGAAGCAGAACUGGCACUGGACGGGCCAGAUCCGAUGGGAGCACAGCGCUGGACGUGAGCGAGUGAACAACGCAAUCAUCGGCCGCGCUGCGCUACACUGCGCGCCACGCUACUGCCAUGGACAAGGAGGGCGCCGGCGCCGGCGCCGGAGGGAAGGUUGUCGCCGACCGUGUAAGGCCGGACAAGACGGCUGCAACAGAGGGCAACCAUGUUCACGACCAUGGCGGCAAAGAUGGCGCAAAGACGGGCAUCGAGGGCGCCGCCGGCCAGGCGCACUCCGGCAAGAGCCCCAAGAAGAGGCGCAAGGUCAAUCAUGCUUGCGUUUAUUGCCGACGAUCUCAUAUGACUUGCGAUCUUGAGCGACCAUGCACGCGAUGCCUCAAACGGAACAUUGGCCAUCUCUGCCAUGACGAGCCCCGUGAAGGCGAUGCCAAGAAGCUCAAGAACGGCAAGCCCGUGACCAGCGCCGCACCCGCCGACGACUCAGACACUCAGACGCCUUCAGACGUAGCCCGAGCCUCUGUAUCCAGCACCAUGGGCCCGCCCCCCUCGUUCGACGGCACGAGGCAGCGAUCCUCGAGCGGGUUCAGCGCCAGUGGUGUGAUCAGCCAGGGAGACCCGUUGUCACUUGUGCAACAGGGCGGCGGGACGAGUAUGCAAGGAAACGGGUUGAACAGCAGAGCGACUGGUAACGCGAAUCAAUUUGCUGGUUUCUCAGACGCGUGGUUGACGGCCCAAAACUUCAAUGAGAUGAGCAGCUACAACCCCAACUACAUGAUCGGGCCUCACGUCACGCACGAGUUCAACCUCCUGAACGACUUCCUUCACAGCGGACUUUUGGAUGACAGCGGGGCCUUGGCGCCAGACGAGACACCGCAAAACAACGCCUUCACUAGAACAGCAAACCAGACGGAGAUGUUACCCGAGUACGGCAACAGAACAGGUCCCCCGGCCAGCAAUACAGGGUCCAACGCUGGUUCGAUGCCGCCGCCGCCAAACGUUGACGGGAAGAGCGGAGCUAGAACGGCGACAGACAAGACGCGCGAGUACUACCUUCAAGCUGCUGAUCCGUCUGGAAAUGAUAAUGCCGAGGAGAGAAUGGCCCGUGUGCUCAGGGCCAAGUACGACGCAGGGUUGCUGAAGCCGUUUAAUUACAUCAACGGCUACGCUCGCCUAGGAAAGUAUCUGGAUGGCCAUAUCGCACCCUCGUCCAAGCAGAAGAUUUUGCGGACGAUCAAUCAGUUCCGACCCAAGUUCCGGGAGAAGGCACAGGGCCUCACGGACAUGCAACUCGUAUACGUUGAGAUGUGGUUCGAAAAGCAGUUGAUGGACUAUGACCGCGUCUUCGCCAGCAUGGCGGUGCCGGCAUGUUGCUGGCGGAGAACGGGAGAGAUUUUCAGGGGCAACAAGGAGAUGGCGGAGCUGAUCAACGUCCCCGUGGACCAGCUACGAGACGGGAAAAUCGCUUUGCAUGAGAUUCUGACUGAAGAGUCCAUGGUCCGCUACUGGGAAGAAUUCGGGACAGUUGCGUUUGAUCCAGCUCACGAGACGCUUUUGACUGCCUGCUCCCUGAAGAACCCCAGCGAUACUUCGGACCACCCGAUAGUCAAGUGCUGUUUCUCGUUCACGAUUCGCCGAGAUGAACAUAAACUACCGGCGCUGAUUGUGGGCAACUUCUUGCCGCACGACCCGCCCCCCAACUAGUUCUUUGGUCUUUUUUUGGUUGCAUUCGGUGAUGGAAAAGGCAUAUGCGGUGGGUUGGGCAUGGAGGGCGCAUGGUCUGGGGGAGUCCGGGAUCGGUCAAGUCCAUUAUUGUGUUUAUCGUAUAUGAAUGCCAACGCACAUGCGCGAUUGAGUCACUGCAGUUCCUGGGUACUUGUAUAUGCCCCUGAUACUCCCUUAGCCG